CCACACUAUAGCAGAUAUACUGCUACAGGGCGGCACCUGUGUGCAGAAUCACAUAUAAAUAUAAACGUACUGGGGCGCACGCGCGCCCUAGCCACUCCCGCCAUUCAUGGCCGCGGAUGUCAAUCACUAUGGUCCCAACCCGUAAUUACCCGCCGGUGCCCGGUGAUUACUGAGCAUCUCCGACGCGGAGGAAGAUUGUUUUGUUUACAAACAAUCUUCUUCCCUGUCAGCUCGAGCACACUGCUCGGGAUGGUUGUGUACAGUACAGCCAUCCUGAUCAGUGUGCUUACAGUGAAGAACACACCCCACCACCUAGUAAAACACUCCCAGCACACAGUUAAUCCUUUGAUCGCCCCUCACAUUAACCCCUUCCUGCCC